GAAAGCUUAACGUAUAGACCCAAAUCUACAAAGCUAAACAUAUAGGCCCAAAUCUUAAAAGCCAAAUAUAUACGGCCAAAUCUUAGAAGCCAAACAUAUAGGCCCAAAUCUAAAAAAACCAAACAUAUACGGCCCUGGCACUGCCCCGUGAAAUUCUCCAGUGCUCAAGAUUGGAUUCCGGAGGCCGCUACAGAUCCGAAGCCACAGCAAACGCUCUUUGGAGGAAAAGCAGCGCACGUUCCCAUACCUCUUCUAUAUCGCUCCUGCUCUCCGCACCAGCUGAAGCACACUCGCCAAUAUGGACAGGCUAAAUCCGUUGGCCAUACCCUUGCUCCCCGUGACCAAAACAUGGGUUUGUGCUAUCGUGGCAAUGGCUGCUGCAACAUCAAUGGACAUGGUGAGCCCGACAAAACUCAUCUUCUAUCCGUCCAAAAUGCUCGCAGAGCCUUGGAGGCUAGUCACCAGCUUUUGUUUCUUCGGGCCAAUACAGUUCUCGCUUGUCCAGUACAUUUUCAUCAUCGCCAGGACAAACAACGCUUUGGAGGAACGGUAUAUGCACCGGAUCGAGUAUCUCCCCCAAAAUUGGAUACGUGGACUUGACAACGAGCUGAGGGCAGAGCUCCGGGACGAGUUUGAGCGGAGGAAGUCCGCGGACUUCGCGUACUUUGUUGGCAGAAUAGCAAUGUCCAUUGUCGCCACGAUUCUCAUAUUGUCUCUGCGGUACGACAUUGCAGGCAACUUCUAUCUCUUGGGCCCGGGCCUUGAGAAAAUCCUUCUUUACAUUCUCUGUCGGAACACGCCGGCAGACUACAUCCAGAUAAUGGGCAUAAGCAUCAAGGCCAAGUAUGCACCUUUCCUCAUGCAGUUUCUCGAGUUCCUUUUCUCAAACGAGUUCAAGCUCCUAUCACACAUGCUACGGCACAAUGUCUUGCAGGCCCUCGCGGUGUUUCUGACCUCGGGCAUAGUCCAGAAGACCAUCCUCGUGUUCACGGUCGGCCAUUUGUGGUGGUAUAUUCAGUUUUUCUACGUGGAGCAGGUGUAUGAUGAAUCCGCGACGAGCAAACAACGGGAGUGGGCCAGGGCACACGCAGCUUUCAGGAAGAAUUCCAUUCAAUGGGCAGACCUUCCAAACAUGUACAGGUAUCUCAUCACGCCGCCAUGGUACUUUCCGUUUGUUCGAAUUUUGAAGCGCAAGCAAAAUGCCAAUGCCGAGCGCGUUGCGCGAAGGGGCUUUUCACAAGUACGAGAUUUGGCUGGAGGCUCCAAUCUAGAAAACCCAGCCGGAGCCUCCAAUCCAGGGAAUUUAGCCGGGACCUUCAAUCCGGAGAAUCUACCCGAUCUGUUCGAAGUCGUGGAUGGCAGUGAAACCAACGUCGACGGGGCUGACAGAGCUACGGGAUUUAGCCAGGGAGAUAGUCAACAGGCUGAAAAUUGAUGGUGACAUUUUCCACGUGGCUGAAAGUGGCGAGCCUUCUCUUGUUCUAUUUUUUGUCCCACUUGUGUGAUGCACAACCAUGCCGACGCCAAAAAAAAAAGACUCGCCAAAAAAAUGGCUGCGUGUAAAUAGUAAUACUAAGUGCUCGAAACCAGUUUGCAGAGGCCCAGCUCGGGCCAGGAUGAUCACGCGCCUCGGUUCCAACGGCAAAUCCAAAGCCUGUUUUUCCGUGCAUGUCCAGUGCCAUGACAGAAGCGUGCACUCGGGUCCCAAAUACUUGCACUGUCAAAUACGUUUUUCAAUUCAUCCACGGCCUCGCCUCUCGGAAAAACAUGCACAGAGCCGUAUCCGCUUCUCAAUUCCAUUUUCUUGGUUUAUUUGUAUUUUUUUUCUCCCUCGACAUUC